GGCGGCGGCACUUGCAGCGCUAAGGACACGCGCAGCACAGAAAGCGGAAACUCGGGCGCCAUUUCAACAAAAUAACAGUGUUGCCAACUAACGGUGUUUUCGUAGUGUGUGCUUGUGGGCGUAUUGCCACUGUAUGGGUGUUGUGCUUGCUUUAAGCCUGUGAAAAGCGCAAUGGAAAAUAGUGGCGAAAAAAAGGGGCUACAAAGUGUGCAAAAAGUUUGUAAUGUAAACACAAGUGGGAUGCAAAUAUGUGCAGUAUUGUGAUUUUAUAAAUUCAAUUUUAAUGCUAUUUAUAACAUCAAAUUGUGCGACAAUUUUAGUAACAUGUAAUUAAGCACUUACGUUUUUGUUCUCAUGGAGUAUAAAUAGAAACGGUUUCUAAAAAAAGAGCUUCAUUCGAGAGUGAAAUACGGUUUAAGGUUUUAUUAGCUCGUAAUCGUGUGGAUACGUGUGAAUAAUAAUUGAACAAAAAUACAGGAUUAAUGAAGUGAAACAAUAUGAUUAAAUUCAAACCCUUUCAUGAAAUCAAAUCAAUUUGUGUAUUAUUCCUAAUUGCUUGCAAUAACAUGUUGAAUUAUUAAACGAUUGUAAUUUAAAUGAUAGAUUAAAUCAUAUUUACCUAUAAUCCAUGUGCGUUUAAACAUCAGAAAAUAUACUUAAGCACUUAAACUCGUUUUCAAGGUUGCAAGGUUGACAGUUUUGUGACCAAAUGGCCACAUGCAGUGUUAAACGCAUCUCGUCCUUGACCACCGGCCAAAAUUAAAAGUGUGUUGCAUGUGGCUGACAGUUGAAAGAACAUAAAAAGGAAACCUCCUUGGGAAUCCCGCCACAAAAGAGGAUCAACUGAAAGCACAGCAUUGACGCAGAAAUUAAGAGUCAGCUGGCUUCUAUGGCGCCGCGUUAUUAAAUGUGGCAUAGUGCAGCGGGAUCAUUACGGAAACCAUCCUGCACUCAGACUGCAAAAUGUCGGAGAUUGUGGACACCGAGCUGCUGGUCAACUGCACCAUCCUCGCCGUCCGACGAUUCGAGCUGAAUAGCAUUGUGAACACCACGCUCCUGGGCAGCCUCAACAGAACCGAGGUGGUCAACCUCUUGUCGAGCAUUAUCGACAAUCGGGAUAAUCUCGAGAGCAUCAACGAGGCCAAAGACUUUCUGACCGAGUGUCUGUUUCCAUCGCCGACAAGACCGUACGAGUUGCCAUGGGAGCAGAAAACGAUUUGGGCCAUCAUUUUCGGACUGAUGAUGUUUGUGGCCAUUGCCGGCAAUGGUAUUGUUCUCUGGAUCGUUACAGGACAUCGCAGCAUGAGGACGGUCACAAAUUACUUCCUGCUGAACCUGAGCAUCGCCGACCUGCUGAUGUCGUCGCUGAACUGCGUCUUCAACUUUAUAUUCAUGCUGAACUCGGAUUGGCCAUUCGGUUCGAUUUAUUGCACAAUCAACAAUUUCGUGGCCAACGUCACGGUCUCCACGUCGGUCUUCACGCUCGUGGCCAUAAGUUUCGAUAGAUACAUCGCCAUUGUGCAUCCGCUGAAGCGCCGCACGUCGCGUCGGAAGGUGCGCAUCAUCCUGGUCCUGAUCUGGGCACUCAGCUGUGUGUUGUCGGCGCCCUGUCUGCUCUACUCCAGCAUCAUGACCAAGCACUAUUACAAUGGAAAAUCGAGGACAGUUUGCUUCAUGAUGUGGCCAGAUGGACGAUAUCCCACUUCUAUGGCGGAUUAUGCAUACAACCUGAUCAUCCUGGUGCUGACCUACGGCAUUCCCAUGAUUGUGAUGCUCAUCUGCUACUCCCUCAUGGGUCGUGUUCUCUGGGGCAGUAGAUCCAUCGGCGAGAACACGGAUCGCCAGAUGGAGUCGAUGAAGUCGAAGCGGAAGGUGGUCCGCAUGUUCAUCGCCAUCGUGUCCAUCUUCGCCAUUUGCUGGCUGCCGUAUCACUUGUUCUUCAUCUACGCCUACCACAACAACCAGGUGGCAUCCACGAAGUACGUGCAGCACAUGUAUCUCGGUUUCUAUUGGCUGGCCAUGUCCAAUGCCAUGGUCAAUCCGCUCAUAUACUACUGGAUGAAUAAGAGGUUUCGGAUGUACUUCCAGCGGAUCAUCUGCUGCUGUUGCGUGGGCCUCACCCGCCAUCGAUUCGACUCGCCGAAGAGCCGGCUGACGAACAAGAACAGCUCCCACCGGCACACAAGAGCGGAGACCAAGAGUCAGUGGAAGCGCAGCACGAUGGAGACCCAGAUCCAGCAGGCGCCGGUCACCAGCUCUGGCCGGGAUCAGCGGAGUGCACAGCAGCAGCAGCAUCACCCUUCCGGAGCAGCAACCAAUCGGGCGGCGGUCGAGUGCAUCAUGGAACGGCCGGCGGAUGGGUCCAGUUCGCCGCUGUGCCUUUCGAUCAACAACAGUAUUGGCGAGCGGCAGCGCGUGAAAAUCAAAUACAUCUCCUGUGACGAGGACAAUAAUCCCGUGGAGCUCAGUCCCAAGCAGCUGUGAUGUUAUCCCGCUUUGUCCUGCCACUGCAACGAAUUGUGAAUCCUCCUGGCCUCCGUCUCCUUUCGCCGCGGGGAAAUGCAAUUUGCCACUGCUUGCUCUACUCUGUACAUAUACUCACAUUCACAAAGAGAUGGAACAUGUUUGCAUAGCAGGGUGGGUCGAUUUCAAGGGACGACCUUUCACCUAUUUAAAGAACUUAAUAUUGUGCGCUUAGCUUAGUAAUGUAGUUUCGUUCCCAAAGAAAUGUUUUCCCCUUUCGAACUUUAUCUAUGCGCUGUAUGAAUAUUUCUUUCCCUUUAAGUUCUAUGGUAUACCUGCAAAACGAGCCACCCUAAUGCGAAAGUUAAAGUCGAAUUUCCGGUUGUCAAAAGAAAAUACUUCAGCAAGAAGGAAAAACUUACCAAUAAAUUGAAUUUGUAUGUAUUUGUAUAGAAGAAUCUAUCGACACUUUAACCAUCGAAGAACUGUAAGUUUUAACUGUUGUAAACAUCUAGGCUAAGCCAAGUUUGUAAAUACAUUCUGUGUAUAACUGAUAAAUGCAUCUGCGUAUAUGUUGUGCUAUUUGAGUAAAAUAAUUACAUGGAAUC